AUGAGCACAGGGCAGGUGGUGGGCAUCGUGUUUGGCUCACUGCUGGCCAUAAUCGUCCUCAACGUGGUGGUGGUGACCGUGUUCAGAAGAAUGGGCCGAUACUCAUCUGGAGGAGCUGGGCCUCCUCCCUGCAGGUCCUGCUUCGUCAGGGUGUGGGGGUGGGGCGCAGGGCACGGACAGGAAAUGAGGCGAGCGCCGGGGCACGCCAGGGCUGCGCGGCAGAAAGGGCGGGGCACUCUGGUUCCGGCCUCAGCGCUGGAGGAGGCCGCCGUGACGGAGGCAGCAGUGGCGGCUGAGCCCACCGCCGUCGCCCAGGAGACGGAGGAGGCGCCGGUGGUUACCGCGGGCGUCCCGGCAGAACCCGCGCCCGCGGAGGAACCCGCAGAGACCGAGGAGGGCCCCCGGACGUCCGGCCGAGGCCCCACUGAGGCGGCCGCGGAGGUGCCACCGGAGCCGGAGGCCGAGGUGACCGAAGCGCCCGCCGCCCCCCCCACCGAGCCCGCCCCCGCCCCGCUGGAGACGGAGCCCCCCGUGGUCACCCAGGCCCCGCCGCGCCCACCGAGGCCGCCGCCGCCCCCCGCUCAGGCUGAGGACGCCGCAGCAGAGCCCACCGUGCAGGUGGAGAGCCCUGAGGAGGGGAUGAGCACAGGGCAGGUGGUGGGCAUCGUGUUUGGCUCACUGCUGGCCAUAAUCGUCCUCAACGUGGUGGUGGUGACCGUGUUCAGAAGAAUGGGCCGAUACUCGUCUCGAAAGAAACCCAAGAAAUCCAAGGCUCAGGAAAACAUCUUGGUUUCUCCCUUGAGGAGAAAAACUGGCAAGAAGGAAAAGGAAGUCCGCCCAGUGUUCUGGAAACGGUUCUGAACUACUGAACGAUGUCAUUUCCUGUGAUUAAAUACGCAUGCUACCAGCACUCUAACCUACCCAGGAUCCUGGACUGUUGCCAAGAAUGCCAAGAAGGGAAGGGGGGACCUCCCCCCCCCACCCAAUCCCCCAAACCCACAACCCGACCCAACCCCCCCCUUGCCACCCCAAGGGUGGACACAGGAUGUGACAUUGAAUUUCAGGGUCCUUAACAUGCCUUUUAAAGUGAACAAAAUGUUUUUGUUUUUGUUUUUGUUUUUGGACACUCACAGUGUUGCGAUGUCCAUUUCUGCACCUUUCAGACUUUCUGAAGAGGACCGAAAACAUGACAAAAACAAAGUCCACUCUGACUAAAAAAAAAAUUUGAAUUCAUUGGAAAGUAAAGCGAUAAAUAAGGAGCAUUUCACAAAUUCCACAUGUAUAUACUACACUUAGGGACUAUAGUAAAAUACUGGUUCAUCUGUCGCAGUCGCUUGCUCUAGCUUACAGUAUAUGGUAUAAUGGCCUUAUAGUCUAUUGUGGGCCCAAAUAGAGGAAUUAGACCAAUGUAGUUUCAACCCCCUAUGUGUUGAUAUCACAAACACCCACUGAGUUACCUCUCUUACUAACACCACGAAAGUGCAACUGUAUGAAGCCUUGUGAGCCGAAGUUGAGACGGCACUGGGCUCCCCGGUCCAGCGGCCGAGAGCCAGGGGGCCAGGAGAUGCUCCCUCGAGCUCCGUCACGUCGAGCGGGAGUCAUUCUGCCAGCUUUAACACUGACCUAUAACACCCUAAUACGUAUCUGUGAUAUUUAGCAGAAUGGUUUGCGUCACCGUCCGUCUCUCGGUUGUACCCCCACCCCCCCGUAUGAAAUGUAGAUUUGACUUCUUGAAGCACAUUAAUGUGAAUUGGCUUGUCUGUACAUUUAACCCGUAGGAUGAGCUCCAUCUCUUUCAUCUUUCCUGUCUGAAUGCGUACCACGUCCCUCUCUCUCUCUCUCUCUCUCUCUCUCUCUCUCUCUCUCUCUCUGUGAUCACACCCCCGCUAGCGUCCAUGUUGAAGCAAGGUCCAGUGUACAAGAUGUGUGCCUGUAUGCCUGUGAUGUCAUGGUUCUGACAUAAGCCAAUCAACUUCUUCUUUUCAAGUUAUACGCACAGGACUUCAGUGUUUAUGCACCCAACAAUUCAGCACUCCACAGAAAAUAAAUAAAUGUGUAUUUUUGUUUUUAAUCACCGAUUACUAGGUGCAAAAUAAUUGCGUCUUGGCUUUGCCGUGCCCGCGUUUAAGACCUCAAUAAUAAGUGCACUGAAUUAAAAAAAUGAAAUAACGUGUAAUGACUUUGCUUUAGACACUGCAACACUUUUUCUAAGAGUUUGCUACGAUUCCCCCCCUAGCUUCUGCCACAUUUGCUGCUUGCUUCACGUUCUGUACCAAUUCUAGGUCUUUAAUUUGCUGUCUGAUUGUUGAAGUCAUUUUAUUUAAUUGCAGUGUUUUUUUGUUGUUUUUUUUUUUUGUUCAUACUGUUUCAAUAAAAAAAUGAAAAACU